UUGUCCACGGACCCGCGCGCGGCGCUCGGUUCUCCUCACGUCGAGCAGAUCUUGAGUGUGCGCGCCCGCAACACGACGACCCAGUGAGCGCACCAGCAGAGAGCCCGAGACGGAGCCUUGAUCUCCGGUUCUUCUCCACGGGAACCAAGCCUCUGGACCGCUCCUUCAGCGAGGCUGUCAGGGAGGAGGAAGAAGAAGAAAAAAACAGAUUGAGGCAGGAAAGAGAGAGAGCAGGUUCUGGUGGGCUUCUGCGGGUUCCUCUCUCUCUCGCUCUCUCUCUCUCUCUCUCUCUCUCUCUCUAUCUGGUUUGAGGAGCCUGGCGGGCGAUGCUGCUGGGCGGGGACUGUGCACCUUUUGGCGGCAGAUGAUGAAGAUGAAGUCCUCUUGGUUCUGAUGAUGCUGCUCUCCUCCGGAUCCUCGUCGCCCGGGAUGCUGCUCCCCGCGAGCCUGGAUUAUAGAUGAUUUUUGUGGGCAUUCUUUUUGGCUUUCAUCGGCGCGGAGGAGGAGGUGUCGGCGGAGGAGGAGGAGGAGGAGGAAGAAAAGGUGAAGCCAUUUGAACAACUAGACUGACCACUGUUGUGUUUUCGUAGCCAAGUACGCGCAAUCACGCCCAAAAUCAGUGAGCGACGCCUUGGUGAGGAGGGGGAGGAGGGGGAGGCGGAAGAGGAGGAGGAGGAGGAAAAAGGAGGGGGGGGGAUGCCGCACCGUCCAUCAUCAAAUAUCAACAAAUGUCACCAGGAUUUUGGGGAAGCCCCCCUCGCUCGGCGCGCUUGUAACCCGAGUGGCGCAUCGACGCUCGGCGAGCGCGGCCGCGUCCAACAUUGCGCAUCAAUGAAUUAUUAAAGAUUCCUCUCUUAUCUUUUGCUAUUUUUGGUCCGGCGGAGUGGGGGGGAAAUGGGUCUCGGCGUGGGGGGAAAAGCCAACUGCGGAUGCUGUCAGGAUGCGGUAGGCUGCUGAGGAGGAGGAGGAAGGGGGGGGGGGGCCCACGACGCAGUCUCCAGCAAGCACAGAAGAUUCAUCUAUGCAUCUUUAACAAAUGGAGUGUUCUCGUUGUGGAAAUGCAGGAAGUGGUUGCUUCUUCUCUCGUUGGGCUUAAAAUGACAUAAACUCAACCCCCCCUCACCUAAUGGAGGGAUCUUCCCGCCGCUGACAACCAAAAGGAGAGCAUCUUGACAUCUUGGAUAGGAGGAGAGCCGCCAAAGGAAAUGGCGCGCUUUGGAGACGAGCUACCCAACAGGUAUGGGGGCGGCGGAGGUGGCGGUGGCGCCAGUGGACAGGGGGGUGCCGGCCGUGGAGGCAGCCGCCAGGGGGGGCCCCCGGGAGCGCAGCGGAUGUACAAGCAGUCCAUGGCCCAGAGGGCCCGGACCAUGGCCCUGUACAACCCCAUCCCCGUGCGGCAGAGCUGCCUGACCGUCAACCGCUCUCUCUUCCUCUUCAGCGAGGACAACGUGGUGAGGAAGUACGCCAAGAAGAUCACCGAAUGGCCUCCCUUCGAGUGGAUGAUCCUCACCACGAUCAUUGCAAACUGCAUCGUGCUGGCGCUGGAGCAGCACCUCCCCGACGGCGACAAGACGCCUCUGUCUGAGCGAUUGGAGGACACGGAGCCCUACUUCAUCGCCAUCUUCUGCUUCGAGUCGGGGAUCAAGAUCCUGGCGCUGGGGUUCGCCCUCCACAAGGGCUCGUACCUGCGCAACGGCUGGAACGUCAUGGACUUUGUGGUCGUGCUCACUGGUAUUUUGUCAUCAGUGGGGACUCAGCUUGACCUGAGGACACUGCGAGCUGUCCGAGUGCUCCGACCUCUCAAAUUGGUGUCCGGAAUUCCCAGCCUGCAGGUGGUGCUCAAGUCCAUUAUGAAGGCCAUGAUCCCGCUGCUGCAGAUCGGCCUGCUGCUGUUCGUGGCCAUCCUCAUGUUUGCCAUCAUCGGCCUGGAGUUCUACAUGGGGAAGUUCCACACCACCUGCUAUGACGAAAUGACAGGUGAGAUCGUGGACGAGCUGCCGUGCGGCACUAAGCCACCGUCCAGAAUGUGUCCCAACGGCACAACAUGUCGAGGCGGCUGGAUCGGGCCCAACUACGGGAUCACGCAGUUUGACAACAUCCUAUUCGCUGUGCUCACCGUCUUCCAGUGCAUCACCAUGGAGGGCUGGACCGACAUGCUGUAUUACAGCAACGAUGUGGAGGGCAGCUCGUGGAACUGGAUGUACUACAUCCCCCUCAUCAUCAUCGGCUCCUUCUUCAUGCUCAACCUGGUGCUGGGUGUCCUCUCAGGUGAAUUUGCCAAAGAGAGAGAGCGCGUGGAGAACAGGAGCGAGUUCCUCAAGCUGAGGCGGCAGCAACAGAUCGAGCGCGAGCUCAACGGGUACCUGGAGUGGAUCUGCAAAGCAGAGGAGGUGAUUCUGGCGGAGGAAAACACCACCGGGAACUUUGAUGGUAACGCAUCAUCAUCCUCUCCUCUUUCUCACUGCAAGGAUGUGAGCACCUACAUUCUUGCUGUCAUCACGCUAGGUUCCAGACGAAGGCCUACCAUCAAAACCAAGAACAAGACGGAGCUGCUCAACACGGAGGAGGGCGAGGACAGCAUGGGCGAUGCUGUUGGUUUCGCCCGCUCCAGCAUCAAGAGCGGCAAGGAUGGCUCCACCUACAGCAAGAAGGAGCGACGGCUGCGAUUUUUCAUCCGAAAGAUCGUAAAGACGCAAGCGUUCUACUGGACAGUGCUGUGUCUGGUCGGCCUCAACACCAUUUGUGUGGCCGCCGUGCAUUACAACCAGCCCGAGCUGCUCUCUGACUUCCUGUUCUAUGCAGAGUUUAUCUUCCUUGGUUUGUUCAUGUCUGAGAUGCUGAUCAAGAUGUACGGUCUUGGAAUUCAGCCAUACUUCCACUCCUCAUUCAACUGCUUUGACUGUGUGGUGAUUGUGGGCAGCAUCUUCGAGGUGGUUUGGGCCACCAUCAAACCCGGCACAUCCUUCGGGAUCAGCGUCUUAAGAGCGCUCAGACUUCUUCGAAUCUUCAAGGUCACCAAGUACUGGGCUCCUUUGCGCAACCUGGUGGUGUCGUUGCUGAACUCCAUGAAGUCCAUCGUCAGCUUGCUCUUCCUCCUCUUCCUCUUCAUCGUGGUCUUCGCCCUGCUGGGCAUGCAGCUCUUUGGCGGACAGUUCAACUUUGAGGAAGGAACGCCGCCCACUAACUUUGACACGUUUGCGGCAGCCAUCAUGACUGUGUUUCAGAUCUUGACGGGAGAGGACUGGAACAUGGUGAUGUACGACGGCAUCGAGUCUCAGGGCGGGGUCAACGACAAGGGGAUGGUUUUUUCCAUUUUCUUCAUCGUCCUCACCCUCUUUGGCAACUACACGCUGCUCAAUGUCUUCUUGGCCAUCGCUGUGGACAACCUGGCCAACGCCCAGGAGCUCACUAAGGACGAGGAGGAGCAAGAGGAGGCGGCCAAUCAGAAGACGGCGCUGCAGAAAGCUAAGGAGGUGGCUGAGGUCAGCCCGCUGUCGGCCGCCAACCUGUCCAUUGCUGCCAAGGAGCAGCAGAAGAACCACACCAAGGGCGGCAAGUCAGUGUGGGAGCAGCGCACUAGCGAGAUCCGCCGGCAGAACCUGAUGACAAGCCGUGAGGCACUCUACAACGAGCUGGAGCAGGACGACUGGAAGGUGGGAGAGGAGGGAGAGGAGGUGUCGUACCCACGAAAAGGACGUGGGGACAUGAAGACCCACUUGGACCGGCCGCUGGUGGUCAACCCCCAGGACAACCGCAACAACAACACCAACAAGACCCCGCCGGGUCAGCUCCCUCUAGACCUAGAGUACAGGCAGCAGGACCUCGACCACAGCCACCGUGCAGCCCACCACCAUCACCACCACCACCACCACCACCAUCAUCAUCACCACCACCAGAAGGCCGCUGGACCUGAAACUCCCGGCCAGCACCAACCUGCAGGAGGAGGAGCCAACGUGGACCAAGAGUCCAACAACCAGGAGGCUCGACCUGGGGAGGAGAGGCACGGCCACAGGAGCCACAGGGGUCACCGGCACAGAAACAGGGAGGGCAGGGAAGCUCUCAGCGUAUCCCCCCGCCACUGCGGCGAUGCCAGCGAGGGCAGCAACGAACACCGGAGGGCCAGGCAGCACCGCAAGGCCGCCAGGGAGGGGGAGCCCGGGAGGAGGCACAGGUCCAAGGGAGCUGAAGGGGAGGUGGAGAAGGGCGAAGACGGGGAGGGUCGGAAGACCAGGCGCCAUCGUCACGGCAAUCAGGAGAGAACCAGAGGACAUCGCUCCAGAAAGGAGCACCACAGCACUGGGCCCAGCCUGUCCACCACGCGGCCCAUCCAGCAACACAAUGAGUACCUGGACAACCUCCGCAACAACAGCAAGCUUGCCUGUCGACCUUACGACCUGCCACCAGACCACCCUGACAACGUCAACAACCUGCUGAACUGCUGCGACGCCGACACCCACACCCUUCUCCGCAGCAUGGACAGCCUGAUCCUGAGCAGCAUGGCCAAACCCGACUACACCAGCAUCGACAUGCCGCCCGUCUACCCCUACCCGUCCACCAACGCCAUCCUGCAAGUGAACAAGAACGCGAACACGGACCAGAAGAAGAGUGAAGAGAAGAAGGAGGACGACGACGACGGGGGAGACGAGGACGGACCGAAGCCCAUGCCUCCUUACAGCUCCUGCUUCAUCAUGUCUACAACCAACCCGUUCCGGAAGUGCUGCCACUACAUCCUGACGCUCAAGUACUUUGAGUUCAGCAUCUUGUCCGUCAUCGCUAUGAGCAGCAUUGCGCUUGCCGCGGAAGACCCGGUGUCGCCAGAUUCACCUCAGAACAACGUGCUGCGCUAUUUUGACUACGUCUUCACGGGCGUAUUCACUUUUGAAAUGCUGAUCAAGAUGGUGGUGUUGGGCUUGUUUCUCCACCAGGGCUCCUACUUCCGUGACCUGUGGAACAUUCUGGACUUUAUAGUGGUUAGUGGUGCUCUGGUGGCCUUCGCCUUCACGGGGAGCAGCAAGGGCAAAGACAUCAGUACCAUCAAGUCGCUACGAGUACUGAGGGUGCUGCGUCCUCUGAAGACCAUCAAACGACUGCCGAAGCUGAAGGCUGUGUUUGACUGUGUGGUCAACUCCUUGAAGAACGUGUUGAACAUCCUGAUCGUCUACAUGCUGUUCAUGUUCAUCUUCGCCGUGGUGGCCGUGCAGCUCUUCAAGGGUCGCUUCUUCUACUGCACGGACGAGUCCAAAGAAUUUGAGCGCGACUGCAGGGGCGAGUAUCUGGUGUACGACAAGGAUGAGGUUAAAGCUCAGAAGCGGGAGUGGAAGAAGUACGAUUUCCACUACGACAACGUGGCUUGGGCCCUGCUCACCCUCUUCACUGUCUCCACUGGAGAGGGGUGGCCGCAGGUGUUAAAGCACUCCGUGGACUCCACUUAUGAGAACCAGGGUCCGAGCCCGGGUUACCGGAUGGAAAUGUCCAUCUUUUACGUGGUGUACUUCGUUGUCUUCCCCUUCUUCUUCGUCAACAUCUUUGUGGCUCUCAUCAUCAUCACCUUCCAGGAACAGGGGGAUAAGAUGAUGGAGGACUAUAGCUUAGAAAAGAAUGAGAGAGCCUGUAUAGACUUUGCCAUCAACGCCAAGCCCCUGACUCGCCACAUGCCCAAGAACAAACUGAGCUUCCAGUAUCGCAUGUGGCAGUUUGUGGUGUCGCCGCCAUUCGAGUACAGCAUCAUGGCUCUCAUCGCGCUCAACACCAUCGUCCUCAUGAUGAAGUUUGACGGCGCCUCAAAGACGUACGACGACGUCCUGAAGAACCUCAACAUCGUCUUCACCACUUUUUUCUUCAUGGAGUCGAUCCUGAAAAUCAUCGCUUUCGGUCCUCUGAAUUACUUCAGAGACGCCUGGAACAUUUUUGAUUUUGUCUCAGUUCUGGGAAGCAUCACUGACAUUUUAGUCACGGAAUUUGGGAACAACUUUAUCAACCUGAGCUUCCUGAGGUUGUUCAGAGCCGCUCGCCUCAUCAAGCUGCUGCGUCAAGGCGAGACCAUUCGCAUCCUGCUGUGGACCUUCGUCCAGUCCUUCAAGGCUCUGCCUUACGUGUGUCUGCUCAUCGCCAUGCUCUUCUUCAUCUACGCCAUCAUUGGCAUGCAGUUGUUUGGGAAUCUGGCACUGGAUCAGGAGGGAGAGAGCGCCAUCAACCAUCAUAACAACUUCAGAACCUUCAUUAUGGCUCUCAUGCUGCUCUUCAGGAGUGCGACGGGCGAGGCGUGGCAUGAUAUCAUGUUGUCUUGUCUGGGGGGCAAAGAGUGCGACCCGGCCUCAGGGAACACAGAGCCGGAAUGUGGCAGCACCUUCGCCUACACCUACUUUGUCUCCUUCAUCUUCCUCUGCUCCUUCCUGAUGCUCAAUCUGUUUGUGGCCGUCAUCAUGGACAACUUUGAGUAUCUUACCAGAGACUCCUCCAUCCUUGGGCCGCAUCACCUGGACGAGUACGUAAGGAUAUGGGCCGAGUACGACCCUGCAGCCUGCGGGCGCAUACAUUAUAAGGAUAUGUACAGUUUAUUGCGAGUUAUCUCUCCUCCCCUGGGCCUUGGCAAGAAAUGCCCGCAUAGGGUGGCCUGCAAGAGGCUGCUGCGUAUGGACCUGCCCGUGGCCGAUGACAACACGGUCCACUUUAACUCCACCCUCAUGGCGCUCAUCAGGACAGCACUGGAUAUCAAGAUUGCCAAGGGUGGUGCAGAUAAGCAACAAAUGGACGCCGAGCUGCGGAAGGAGAUGAUGGCGAUCUGGCCCAACUUGUCACAGAAGACGCUGGACCUGCUGGUCACGCCUCACAAGGCAGCCACAGACUUGACGGUGGGCAAAAUCUACGCCGCCAUGAUGAUCAUGGAAUACUACCGACAGAGCAAGACCAAAAGGCUGCAGGCCAUGCGAGAGGAAGAGGAAGUGGUGGGAUCUCCUUAUUUGAACCAAACGCCAUCAAUGUUUGAGCGCAUGGCGCCGCCCUCUGAGGGAGGCGGCACCGAUGGCCAGGGGGGGCAGGGCCUCAACGGUCUCCCCAGCACCCAGCCGGACAACAUCAACAGCAUACCUUCUGAAGGUGGCAUGACACAGAGCCCGUUGUGGAUGACCACCAAAGCCCAGGAGAUGAUCCAGAAGACGGGUAACUGGAGUCCGGACAGACCUUACCCUGAUGAUCUCCAUGACAACCGGCACAACCCGCAGAAGGUAGAGAUGAGGGAGAUGGGGCGGGACGGGUACUCCGACACCGAGCCCUAUCACACAGUGGAUGGGCAUGGGCGGACCCUCUCCAUGCCCCGCCUCACAGCAGACAACCAACGGAGGAGACACAGACCUCGUGGAAAUAACCUGAGUACCAUCACAGACACCAGCCCCAUGCGGCGCUCCACCUCCAGCCUGGUCCACGGACGCACGGGUCGGGGCGUGAGGCUGGACGACUACUCCCUGGAGAGGGUGGUGUCUGAAGAAGGGCGGCACGGCCGCAGGCACAGGGACCGGAGUCACCGGACCUCCCAGCGUUCACUGACGAGGUACACCGACGCAGACACAGGCCUAGGCACAGACCUCAGCACCACCACACAGUCGGGAGACUUGCCCCCCAAGGAGCGCGAGCGGGACCGCGGCAGGACCAAGGACCGCCGUCACCACCACCACCAUCAUCAUCACCACAGCUCCAUGGACAAAGAACGCUAUGACCGCCACGACUACGCUCACAGGCAUUCCCACGACCGCCACUGGUCCCGUUCACCUAGCGAGGGUCCGGAUGGACGGGGGCACAGACAGGGCAGUAGUUCAGUGAGCGGCAGCCCCGUCCCAUCCACCUCGGGGACCAGCACUCCGCGGAGAGGUCGUCGCCAGCUGCCCCAGACCCCCGCUGUACCCCGUCCGCAUGUCACCUACUCCCCGGCGGUCCGCAAGCCCAGCUACGGUCUUCCCGGCCCGGGACGCCUGCGCUCACCCUCCCCACGACACUUCUCCCCACCAGACCUUGACAGAGGCUACCAACACAGACCCCCGUCACGUCAAGCCUCUCCUCAUCAUGGGGGCUCCUCGUCCAGGCACGGAUCCCCGCGCUCCCCCAGGCACCAGUCCCCACGCUCACCCAUCCACGGUUCACCAAGGUCGCCGCAUCGAGGCCGCUGGAGCGGACCUCCUCUGGGGGAUAGUCUGGAGGGGGACGGGCCCUUUUACGAGCGUGACUACGAGUAUGAGCGGCACCAUGAGCCGCCUGCGUAUGAGCAAAGCCUUUCCCAUGGCAACCCCCACCCGCAUGCGGGCAAUCCCCACCCACACCCUCGCUCACCUAGGACUGCCUGCCACGGGCCCCCUCCGCCCCCUCACCCGCAUCCACGCCGGGUGCCCAAUGGCUAUCGCUCGUCCUCACCUUCUCCACAUCGAAGAGGGCCUCCCGGGGGGCCCCACCCUCACCAUCGCCCCCCACAUGCCCGGGGACCCCGCAAAGGCCUGCAUGAACCUUAUAGCGAGACAGACGAGGACGACUGGUGCUAGCGACCGCAGGCAGUGAGCAAGGAGGAGAACAGCGACCUCCGGUGUUCGGGCCUUGCAUAUGUUGACUUUGAACAAAGCAAAUGUUUGGGGGGGGGGCUUGGACAUCCUCUGGAGGCCUCUGCCUUCAGCUCCUGAACUCUAAAUUUUAGAGAGGACGAGGCAGAGACGAGGAGGUGAUGGUGCUUCUAACAGACUCAGUGACAUGCAGCAGAGAAAAACAUGGAGACGGCCAGGCUAGCAGGACAAGGACAGCUCAGUACUACGCUUCCCAGCUUGAGAUGCAGGCGAAGUCCGGAGCAUGUCGGGUUUUGUUUUUUUCUUAAAAAGAGUCCUGGUCACAGUUUGUGAGGCGUAAACGCUGAUUGGCUGAGUUCUUCUUCUUCAGGUCCGUGGUGUGACUCACUGGCCAGUCUGCUUCGACAAACCCUUGAAGCAGGUGCUUGCUGCUUCCACUUGGAGCGUUUUUAAAUGAGGAACUGAUAAAAAGCCAGAACCCCCUGACCCUUACAUGCCAAGCUUUGCCUCCAGAACUUGAUCACUGAAGAACAAAACAUUAUGAACAAUACAGAGGAAAAAAAAAAGGGGAGAACAACCACUUUUAUCUUAUCUUUUAUCAUUUCCCUUCCAAGGGACAGAACCAGGAAGCUCCGCCUAUUCUGCAAAAACCAGCCAAUCCCAGCGCUGGCUGAUAUUUGAUGAGUUUUAUCAUCUCUGUUUACUGUCAAAGACUCACUCGAACUGCUAUGACAUCACUUCCUGUCUGGUGGGGGACGCUUAUUCAGCCCCUUUGUUGCAGCCUGACAGGAAAUGACAUCACAGGGUUGGACGGGGCGGAGAAGACAAAAGGAAGGAUGAAAGACAAACUUGUUGAGUAUUUCUUCUAUUGAUUACUUCUUGUUCUUCUUGAGACAUUGGAAGCUUGGUUCUUCUGUUGCGUUCGCUGAGUACCUUUUUGGGAGUCCGGUGUUGAUGGAGACCUGCAUGAUCGAUUCAACACUAGACAGGACGACUCACCACGUUUGGGAC